AUGGAAGGCGCCCUGCUCUGUGCCGCCAACUACGCGCCGCUCACGCCCAUCUCUUUCCUCGAGCGGGCCGCGCUCGUGUACCCGGACCGCCACGCCGUGGUGUCCGCCGCCGGCGACGCGCCGCCCCGGACGUGGAGAGAGACCCGGGACCGCUGCUUCCGCCUCGCCGCCGCCCUCGCCGGUCUCGGCGUCCAGCGCCGCGACGUGGUCGCGGUCUUCGCGCAUAACAUCCCGGCGAUGUACGAGCUGCACUUUGCGGUGCCGAUGGCCGGCGCCAUCAUUUGCGCACUCAACUCGCGUCUCGACGCAGCCAUGGUCUCCGACCUGCUGCAGCAUUCAGAGGCCAAGGUCGUCUUCAUCGACGCUGCACUGCUCGGGGUCGCCCAGGAAGCCCUUCACCUCAUGUCCGUUGCAGGCGUCAGGGCCCCCGUUGUCGUCCUCAUCAGAGGCGAGGUCUCAACGUCGUCGACAACUCAGCACGACUACGAGGAGAUGGUGAGCGGGGGAGGGUCUCCCGAGUUCGCGGUGCAGUUGCCGGCGGACGAGAACGAGCCGAUCGCGCUCAGCUUCACGUCCGGGACGACAUCCCGGCCCAAGGGCGUGAUCUACAGCCACCGCGGCGCGUACCUCAACAGCCUCUUCAGCGUGCUGCUCAACGAGAUGGCGUCCAAGCCGGUAUACCUCUGGACGGUGCCCAUGUUCCACUGCAACGGCUGGUGCAUGACGUGGAGCGUGGCGGCGCAGGGCGGCACCAACGUUUUCCUCCGCAAGGUCACCGGCGCCGCCAUCUUCGACGCCAUCUGCCGCCAUGGCGUCACCCACAUGGGCGGCGUGGCCACCGUGCUGUCCAUGAUCGUCAACACCGCCCCGGAAGAUCGGCGGCCGCUGCCGGCAGGAAAGGUGUCCGUUGUGACAGGCGGCGCGCCUCCGCCGCCGACGGUGCUUUCCGGGAUGGAUGAGCUCGGGUUCCUGGUGAUCCACUCAUACGGCCUCACGGAGACGUAUGGCGCGGCGACGGUCUGCGCAUGGAUGCCCGAGUGGGACGCGCUGCCGGCAGAGGAGCAGGCGGAGAUCAAGGCGCGGCAGGGGCUCCAACACUUGGGCCUGGAGGUGGACGUGAAGGACCCGGCGACGAUGCGCAGCAUCCCGGCUGACGGGAAGACCGUGGGGGAGGUGAUGCUCCGGGGCAACACGGUGAUGAGCGGGUACUACAAGGACGCGCCCGCCACGGCUAAGGCGAUGGCCGGCGGGUGGUUCCGGUCGGCUGACCUUGCGGUGCGAAACCCCGGGGACGGGUACCUGAAGUUCCAGGAACGGUCCCAGGACGUCAUCAUGUCCUGCGGGGAGAAGAUCAGCACGAUCCAGGUGGAGGAAGCGUUGUUCGCGCACCCGGCGGUGGCGGAGGCGGCCGUGGUCGGGCGGCCCGACGAGCAUUCGGGUGAGACGCCGUGCGCGUUCGUGGUGCUGAGGAGGAAGAGGGAGGUGGAGGCGGAGGAGGUGAUGGAGUUCUGCAGGGAGAAGCUGCCGCGGUACAAGGCGCCGAGUACGGUGGUGGUCGUGGAUGAGCUGCCCAAGACGGCGACGGGAAAUGUGCAAAAGUUGUUGCUCCGGGAGAAGGCCAGGGCCAUGGGCAGCCUCUCCGAUCCUCCACCGUCUCCCGUCCUUGAGGAGGAGCAUGAAGAAGCACCCAACAAGGUGUAA